AUGGUAUCUCCCAAGGCGUCUGACCCAGUACUGACUGAUGACAAUAAGAAGAGCAGUACUGAGCAAUCCCCACCUGUGUGGGCUUGGCAGCUGAAGAAGGAGCUAGAUUCGUUGACGGAGUCGAUUGCAGGUAUUAAGUCACAGCUUGAGUCCAACGCUGAUCACAAGACCAGACAUGAUGCAAAUGGUACUACUGGUGCUACUGGCGAUGACAGCAAGGAUGGUCCUACUAAUACAGUGCAUGGUAUUGUUGAGGAGGUCAAACAACAGCUCGAUAGCACUAAAUCUGACCGAAGUGCCAAAUCGUCGUUGGUGAUAGAGCCUUUGGUUAUCAUGAAGAUUAGCAAACAAGCUAAGUCUGCUGGUGUUAUAGAGGGAGGCCGAUUCUCUGGUGUGACUGAUAAGAGGGGUUACAUGAUUUUCAAGAAGACUAUUAUGAAUCAGCCAGAGAUCCAAUUUUCUGGCACGGGGGAGCUGUCAAGUGCUUACCAAUACUUCUAUAUCAUCAAUAAUGUAUCUACUCCUCUACAACAACUGAUUAAUGAGCAAUGCCAUGUGAAGGGGAACACUUUGUUCAGUCAACGGGUUGUUACUGCAUGGCGAGUUUUACGACUAUAUAGUGAUCUCGGUAGCGAAAUGGAGCUCCACCGGAAAUGGGAGAAUCUGAAGUGUGAUGGCCCUACUACUUUGGAAGUUUACAUCGCCGCCAUUCAGACCAUGAAAGACCAGAUCGGUGAAGUUCGCGAAUGUCCUCUUACAGACAGUGAGUUACGAGCUCGGCUAUACUCAGGUUUGCCAACUGAAGCUCGUCUCUAUCUCGAUAGGAUGCCGAUGACUUCUGUAUCAACUAUGGAGAGUAUGAUUUCUGAGACUAGAAGGUGGGCUCAGCUACGAGUUCGUUAUGGUGCUUCGUUGGUCGGAACUCCCACUACAGCGAUAAGUAAUCCUACUAUUUCCACGACUCGUGGUGCGUCCUCUGCUAAGGUCAAGAGUGCUACUCCUAGUAAGAAGGACAAGAAGAAGACUGACAAGGAAGCUAAUGUCAUCGAGUUCUCCACGAGUCCAGAUGCUAAACGGGUUUUCCUCUCUGGUGUUCCGCUAGCUUGGAAUUAUCAGGAUGUAAAAGAUUUUGUGUCUCGACUGUUAGGGCAUGAUACUGAUGUGUAUGUGAGACUUUUACCCCGUAGGGGUUUUGUCACAGUGAAGUUCAAUGAACAUAAACCAGCGCAAGCAUUCAUUGAAGCUUCUAAUGGUGCUGAUAUUGGUGGCAAAAGAAUAAGGGCUCGUUUUGACAAGUUCGAAUCCCAAGAUGCUACUAUUAAUCCUACAACUACUGCUGCUCCUACAACGGAGGGUAACGCUGUGCAGGUGCCGUAUGAUGAAGUUUUCUUUCAAGGAGGAAGUCAAUCUUGUGAAGAAGAAGAAGGUGAGAGCCCUGAUUGUCUUAUUGCUGAGUUUCAUGAUGGCAGCUGUGAUCAACCUGUGCCAACAGCCACUGUCAGUGACUCAUUUCAGGACCACUCAGCCUGUAUGGUAUCAAUGGUAGAGUGCAAUGAAGGAUCAUCGGAUGUCCAAGUUUUGGAAAAGGCUUCCAAUGGCUUGCCUCUGAUACCGGUAUGGUUCGAAGGUGAUGAACAUCGAUAUUAUGCUUUACUGGACUCUGGUGCCACCGACGUCUUUAUUACAAGAAGGGUUUUCAACAGUAUGAAAGAGAGUAUCCCUGAGCUCAGUACCACUACUACUGCUACUUCAAGCAUGUUGACUAUGAUAAAUGGUACGUCGUGUGCGAUUGUUGACAAGGUGAUUGGUGUUAAGAUUCACCUAGCUAGUCAUCAAGUCCGACAGUGUGAUUGCUAUGUCAUUGAACAUAGCAAAUAUGAUGUCAUCGUACCGAAAAGUCUUCUGGGUCCAUGCACCUGGGUGGUAUCGGCCGAGUCUCACUGCCCAGACCGUAUAAUAUUCCGUCCUAUGGGCAUAUUUGAUGAUGAUUCGUGUAUACCCGAUCGAUGGCUUCAGGAUAACAGUCUCGCUAUCCAGUGCAACCACGCUGAAGUUGCAGCAGAUCGCUUGUCUGUUUCUAUCCCAUGGAAAAGCUCUGCGAGACCACGGUAUAACUUCAAGGACGUGUGGGCCAGAGAUCGCAAGGUGUUGACUCGUUUGAAGGAUGAACCUGUGAAAUAUGAGGCGUAUUUAAUUGCUGUACAUGAACUAUUGGAAUCAGGCGUUGUUAUUGAAAAACCUCCUGAUCAGUCUCCGCACGACUUCGCUAAGUUCUAUACGGCUGUGGUUCCAGUGUUUAAUCUCAACCGGACAAGCACCAAAUGCCGACUCUGUUUGGAUGCCAGACCACUUAAUACUUAUACUACUACCACUGGUGAUGGCACGGGCAGUACGUCUAUGGACUUAUUUGGCACGCUUAUGUUGUGGAGAAGCUUUGAGAGAGCAUCAUGUGACGAUCUUUCUAAAGCGUUCUGGCAAGUCCUGGUUCGCGGAGGAAAGGUCGAUGACGAGGACACCGAUUACCUCGCACUGGUAGUGGCUGGUCAUUUGGUUAAGUUUUCUCGAGUACCGUUUGGAACUAAUUGGUCACCAUGGGCAUUGGGCAGCAGCUUGGAGAAAAUUUUCUCCUCCCUGCCUGCAAAGAUACGGGAUGGUGUUGGUUAUUAUGUCGAUGACGUGCUUAUAGGAGCAUCUUCUAUCUCUGAGGUUGAAGCUUCCCGCAUCUCUGUUGUACAAGCUCUUAAACGAAGAGGCUUUGACAUCAACGAGAGGAAACGUUUCCAUAAUCUGGAAACAGCACGUUCUUCUAUUGGCCAAGAUGUUACUGUCAGUGAUGUUACUGGUAUGGAUGGUUUACAAAUGGCCUCGUGGCUCGGCUAUCGAUGGUUUAUUGGUCCCAACUGUGAUAAUGUGGACAUUAAACUACCAAACUUUCGUCUGCCUAGGGAAGUCCGAAUGUCGUCCCUACGAUCCAUUACAGCGAGGCUUUUCGACCCUUUGGGUCUGGUGGCGGAGGCCAGUUUGGAGAUAAAGGCCUUACUACGACAACUACACAAUGCUGGUUUUGGUGAGGUACAUCACGGACUAGUGAAAAAUGAUGCUAUCACCGGUGAUUAUCUGCUCCGUUCUCAAGAGUGUUUACAACAGUGUGAGAAGUACUUCACUUGCUCCACGAGGAUGGUGCCUCCUCGAUACAUUCCUAUAGAAGGUCUGGUGGUGUUUGUCGAUGCUAGUGAGUUCGCUAUGGCUGUCGAUGUCCGUUCACGUGCUAAUGGGCGACGAUUACUCUCGAGAAUAUCAACUCACCCUGGUGGUUCCAUCCCCCGACGUGAAUUGGAGUCUCUGCGUAUGGGUGUACAAGCUGUUUCAACCAUCCUAUCUACAUUCACUUCCAGAGUGAAGCAUGUUACCAUCGUCAAUGAUAGCAGCAUCACCCUAUAUCGGUUACGCUUGGUGAUUUGCCAUCCACAGAGUAGCAAAAUUGAGAAGCUUCCAUCUCCGGAGAAGAGGAGGCUGAAUCACAUAAGGGCCAUGUUGAACAAGAUCAAGCUCCAAGAGGUAGUGCCUGAGAUUGAAUUCAGACACAUUCGCUCCGGUGACAAUCUAGCGGAUCGUCUUACUCGGCCCUGUGGGAAUUGUGAGCCAGUCCAGUGUUCAUGGGAAGCUGUGUGCAGUGCCUUAACAGAUGACUGCCUCGUGGACUUUAACCUCAACGAUGGUUCCUUGGGUACCGACGACAAGCAAGAGGAUUUGUCCGAUGAGGAUGACAUUGAAGAAGCCCUUGUGAUCAAUGAGAUGUCUUGCUGUGUUGCUACUCAAGACACAACCGCUUCCUGGAUAGAGCAGUUCUUGCCACGUGUUAAGGUGUCUCAAUCCGCCGAUCCUAAUUGUGUAUCUAUUAUGUCCAAGCUACGAUCUGACCCGUCCUGUUCUCAGUCUAAGUUCUUCCAUCUUGAUGAUGAAAAUGGUACUUUGAUGAGCAGACGAUGGAAUUCAGAUGAAGACGACACUUGGGUGGUAUACAUUCCGGAUGACGACAAGCUGAAGGAUGAGGUGAUUGACAGGUUUCAUCGAGAUUUUGGUCACCCCGGUAUCACCAAGACGGUCGGCUUGUUACGUGGAGUCUGUGACUUUAAGGGACUUCAUAGGAGAGUAAAACAUUGGAUUUCUUCCUGUAGCGUCUGUUGUCAAGCCAAGUAUGGCCGUACCCUCACUAAAGCUAUAUCAACAUCUAAAUCAUGGGUGCCUCUCUUAUGGGGUGUCAUUGGUGCUGAUCUAGCAGGACCCAUCAAAGAUGCUGACGGUGUUAAACAUUGGGUCCUUCUAUUGGUAUGCUACAUUAGCAAGUUUGUAGCUGCUACGGUUAUCGACUCUCCAGGCACUGAGGAUGUGGCCUGUGCGACUAUAGAAUUACUGAAUGCCAAUGGGUGGCCUCGUGUAAUAGCAACUGAUCAAGGAAGCUGCUUUAUGUCUAUAAGGUUUAAGCAGCUCCUUGCCGAGCACAAUGUUGUCCAUGUAUACACGUUUGGGUUCGAUGCGGCACGACGAGGUUGGCUUGAGCGUCCACAUGCUGAGUUUUCAUCAGUUAUAAGGUGUAUGACUAAUGAUCGUGGUCGAUCUAUUGAGGAUGUCAGGGACCUGAAGUGUUUGGUGAGCAAGGCUACCUAUGUCGUGAACAACAUCCCCUAUGAAGCUGACAAUGACUUAUGUCCAUGGCUAUGCAUGAGACCAACUGGUGGUCUGACGGCCACACUGUUGACACGUGACCAAUCUGCUAUCGCUGAAAUUAAGAAAUGGCUAGGAUCGGGACUGCUGUAUGAUGAUUUAAUUGAACCACUUGGUUCCUUGAAGGAGGCUUACCUCAACGACAAUAUCCGUACUUUAUCAAAGCUGAAGUCAUUGUGGAUCCGCCGGAAGGGCGAAACUAGAAGACGACUGGCCAAGAUCCGACGUACUGACCAAGACUCUAUAACAAUUGGCGAUACUGUCUGGCGUCGUAACCCAACUGCUGAAAAAUAUGGUACCUUAUUUUCUGGUCCCUAUGAGGUUGUUGACCGUGAUGGAGCAACUAUAAAUUUGAAGAAGGCAGAUGACGAUGUGACCGUGCAAUGCCCUGUAAACCAGUUGAAGAAAGGACGAAGACCUAUUAAGACUGAUAAGGGUCCUACUUCUCCCACCUUCCUGGAAAAGGGUGUGCAAGCUGAGGUUGAGCCCGAAGUGCAUGAGGACGAACCUCCAGUGAGCCGAGAAGAGUUGAAGAUAUGGCAAGAGGCUGUUAUGAAUGACGGUGCUGGAGUCAUGACACGAAGCCGCAAGAGAGCAGUCGACAGAGUCUCAGAUAUGUUGAAGUCUAACAAAGUUGCUCGUAAAAAGUGA